AUGCUUCUCCUGGCUUCUGGUUCCUUUAAUCCUAUCACCAACAUGCACCUCAGGUUGUUUGAGCUGGCUAAAGACUACAUGGAUGGAACAGGAAAAUACAGAGUUAUCAAAGGAAUAAUUUCUCCUGUUGGUGAUGCAUAUAAGAAGAAAGGACUCAUCCCUGCCCAUCACCGAGUUAUCAUGGCAGAACUUGCCACAAAGAAUUCAGAAUGGUUAGAAGUUGAUACUUGGGAAAGUCUCCAGAAGGAGUGGAUAGAGACUGUUAAGGUGCUAAGACACCAUCAAGAGAAACUGGAGGAUAGCAACUGUGACCACCAGCAGAACUCUCCAACUCUAGAAAGGCCUGGACGGAAGAGGAAGUGGACUGAACAUAGACGAAAUUCUGGUCAAAAGAAAUCCCUAGAACCCAAACCAAAAGGUGUGCCAAAGAUAAAGUUGCUGUGUGGGGCAGAUUUAUUAGAGUCCUUUGGUGUUCCCAACUUGUGGAAGAGUGAGGAUAUCACCCACAUCGUGGCCGACUAUGGGCUUAUAUGUAUUACUCGGACUGGAAACGAUGCUCAGAAGUUCAUCUAUGAAUCCGAUGUACUGUGGAAAUACCGGAACAACAUUCACUUGGUGAAUGAAUGGAUCACUAACGACAUCUCAUCCACGAAGAUCCGGAGAGCCCUCAUAAGGGGCCAGAGCAUUCGCUACUUGGUACCGGAUCUUGUCCGAGAAUAUAUUGAAGACCAUAAUUUAUAUAGCUCCGAGAGUGAAGACAGAAAUGUUGGGGUUAUCUUGGCUCCUUUGCAGAAAAACACUGCAAAGCUAAGUCCUAGAAAUUCUACAGCAUGAUAUUUUGAACUUCUUUUUUGGGGGUUUGAAACAAUCUGGGUGGUUAAUAACUGGAGAAAGGAGUUGUGAUCCUGUUUCUUAAGUUAAAAAUCAGUGGUAAAUUAAAAUCAGGUUUGCUUUU